ACCAUAUAUAUAACAAACUGGCAAAGGAGAAGGAGAGAAAGUAGUAUGAUGAUGAUGCUAAGGCAAACGACGAGAAAGGCUUGUCUAGGGUUACGGGCGUCUCCUCUAGGGUUAGGGCGUCGCUUGUACCACGAGAAUGUGAUCGACCACUUUGAAAACCCUAGAAACGUCGGGUCCUUCAACAGGAAUGACCCUGACGUUGGCACAGGAUUGGUAGGAGCUCCUUCUUGCGGGGACCUCAUGAGCCUCCAGAUUAAGGUCGACGAUUCGGGUCAGAUCAUUGAUACUCGAUUCAAGACCUUUGGUUGUGGCUCUGCCAUCGCCUCUUCUUCCGUCGCUUCUGAGUGGAUCAAGGGCAAAACCAUAGAGGAAAGUUUGACCAUCAAGAACGCGGAAAUCGCAAAACAUCUUAGGUUGCCACCGGUGAAGUUACAUUGCAGUAUGCUUGCAGAGGACGCAAUCAAGUCAGCGGUCAGAGACUACAAGGAGAAGCGAGCAAAGGCUAAUGCUGCUGCUGAAGAAGAAACUGUCGAAGCCUGAUUACACUAGUAUAUGCCGCAUCGUGCUGCUGCUGCUGAUGAUGAAAUACAAGUUACAAGGAGAGGUGUGUCUGGUUGUUUGAUGCUUUAAUUUCAAUUGUUUGGUUAAGUUCUUUGAAUAAAUAAAAUAGCUGAGCAUGUUAAUUAGCUAUUGACCCAACCGAGUCUUCAGUCUUCUUCUGUAUUGUGACUCUUCUUUCUUUAGUAUUUUAUGGAAUAAUUGUUGCAGUGCUGCUCUUGAUAA